CCUUCCAAAACGGUCAGAAAUCUAGGGGUAACCAUUGAUGAUGGGCUAAAUUUCACAGACCACAUUUCAAAAACUGCAAGAUCAUAUAGAUUUACACUCUACAAUAUCAGGAAGAUAAGACCCUUCCUCUCUGUACAUGCCACACAACUGCUCGUUCAGUCCCUUGUCAUAACUAGACUGGACUACUGUAACGCUCUCAUUGCAGGCCUUCCUGCAUGUGCUAUUAGACCCCUGCAAAUGAUCCAGAAUGCAGCAGCACGUCUGGUCUUUAAUGAGCCUAAGAGAGCACAUGUUACACCACUCUUUGUCUCUCUCCACUGGCUGCCGGUUCAUGCACGUAUUCAAUUCAAGGCCCUGAUGCUGGCAUAUAAAACAGUCACUGGGUCUGCUCCAGCAUACCUAAAAACAUUUAUGCAGAGCUACGUUCCCACCAGAAGCCUGCGGUCGGCUAAGGAACGUUGCCUUGUCGUACCAAAACAAAGAGGCACCAAAACACUUUCCCGGACUUUCAGUUUCAUCAUACCACGGUGGUGGAAUGACCUUCCCAACUCAAUCCGGGAAGCUAACUCACUCUCUAUCUUCAAAAAGCGGCUAAAAACACAUCUUUUCCAAAAG